GCUGGGACUGGCGCCCCGGGCCAGCCCGCUCCAGUGCUAGGCGGGGGGCCGGUCUGCACCCGACAGACGGACCCGCGGACGUUGGACGGACCCGGCGCCCAGGAGAGAAGUCGCCCCCGCCUGUCACCAUGGACCCCCCAUCCCUGGACGCAGCCAUCCAGAACGCCCUGGCAGGUCUCUACCCUCCUUUUGAGGCCACAGCGCCCACUGUCCUGGGGCAGGUGUUCCACCUCCUGGACGCUGACUUCCGAGGGGACGGGCUGAGCUUCCUUCUGGAUUUCCUGAUCCCUGCCAAGCGCCUGUGCGAGCAAGUCCGAGAAGCAGCCUGUGCCCCCUACACACACUGCCUCUUCCUGCAUCAGGGCUGGCCGCUGUGCCUGCAGGACAAGGUUGUGGCCCACCUGGCCCCCCUCAACCCCCUCUUACUGCGCCCGGGUGACUUCUACCUUCAAGUUGAGCCUCAGGAGGAGCAGUCUGUCUGCAUCAUGAUCAAGUGCCUCUCGUUAGACCUCCGCACAGUGGACACGAAGCCUGUUCCCGCGUCAGCCUACCCGACACUGUUCACCCAGGAGUGGCUGGAGGCCUUCAACAGUGACUUUGAAGGAAGCCCCCUGCACAACUGCCUGGUAGCUUCAGAAGAGGGGAUUGUUCCUGUGCCCUGGACCAAGAUAACUAGCCCAGAGUUUGUGGAUGACAAACCCCAGGCAGGGACUGUUCUCUUUCCGACUUGGGGUUCCCUUCAAUUAGAGGCCCUGGAUUUGAGUGGCCCCCAAGAGCUGCAUCAGGCCAGGUCCCCAGGCAGCCAGGUGCUGCUUGGCCAGAGCUUGGCCAAGGGUAAGGACAAGACACCUGAGAUUAAGUACCCUGGACUUAUCAAGGUGGAGCAAGCCAGGCCUGGGGAGGCGGCCUUCAGGAUGGACGAUGUGGCCAGCCAGAACUUAGAGGGAGAGUAUGUGGCUCUCCUGGACUUUUCCCAAGAGAGCAGAGGCGAGCCUGUGAGUAGGGAGGUGGACACACCCCACAGCUGUCCUAUUGGGUCACUGGAGGAGCUAUCUGGAACUAAAGAAAUCUUUUCGCCCCAAGGGAGGCUGUCUCUCUCAGGGGCCAGUGGGAGACCUCCCCUGAGAAAGUGUGCUUGUGCAAAGCCAGCAAGCUUGGAGGAAGAUCCCUACAUUUUGAGCUUGAAGAGAAAGGUUGACCAUAAAGCCCCCUCCCACAACGUAGAAUGCCAGCCCCAGGAGCCCUACCUCAACGCCCUUGAGAACCCACUGCACUGUGCCUCUGGCCUCAGGACAGAUGUCUCAGAAGAGUCCGCUGGCUCCAAGAUGCAGGGACCUCUGGGAAACCCAGAGAAUGUGGUCCAGCUCAGGCCUGGGCAGAAACAAGCAUCCUGUCCCCAGCUGUGCCCAGCUUGCCCUUCUGCUGCGCCAGCCCUUGAAACCAAGAUGGGAGAGAGGACCAAACAGGGAAGUGGGAGGUCUCCCAAGCCCAUGACUGGCCCUGGCCGAAACACCUCCUCUCCCAGAUCCCCAUCGCUCGGACUCAAAUUCUUAUUCUUGAAGGGGCAGAGGCAAGCUCCCGGGCCCCCGGAGAGAGCCUCGCUCCAGCAUAACGGGCCCUGGAAGGUCUUGUGUUCACUCUACUCUCCCAAACCCAACCGAGCCAAGUGCUUGGAGAAAGCUGGAACAACUCACACCAAAACAUCUGGCCCAGCUGCUGACUCAGGCCCACGGGCUGGAGGAAAGGCUGAUUUCCCAGAAGCUUCUUCAGAAAGAGGCCCCACUCUGGAUGAGGAGCCACCAGGGCCUGAGCCCCGGAUCGGGGCUCUGAGUACGGAGAUCAUCCACUCCCGGAUAGCGUGCCUGCCAGGUGGUCGGGACAGGGCUGGGCGGCCCCUGCUUCUGCUGUCAACUACCCAGAAGGCUUGGGAGGCACCAUGGUGCACAGCCUCUGAGGUCACCAAGCUGCUCUCCUACCUGUGCACUGUCCCCAGGCCAGAAGACAAAACCAAGGGGCUGGCGGUGGUGAUCGAUGCCAGGAAGCAGCCUCUACACCCAGUCCUGGUUGAUGCCUUGAAAGCCACCCAGGCUCUGGACCCAGCCUCCAUCCACGUCAUGCUCUUCCUGGGGGAGAAGGAGACUGCUCUUCUACUGGAGACAUUACCUGACGUCCAGGUGGAGAUGCUGACCUCCCUGAAGGCCCUCAGCCACCACGUGGACCCCAGCCAGAUGCCCGCGGCCCUGGACGGCUCCUUCCCCUACUGCCACAGCGAGUGGGUGCAAUUCUUCCAGAAGUCAGACCCUUUCCUUGCUGACCUCCGCCAGGCCUCCUCCCUGCUCCAGGCCUCCAUCAAGGAGUUUGAGAAGGGUGACCCCCGUGGAGGGGCACAGGAGGCCGCCAGGCGUCUGAACAAGUCCAAGGAGCUGAUGGAGGCGGUGCUGAGGGACCCGGUUCUGCUGGGCCUCCAGCGGGAAGGCGGGGCCACCCUGGCCAGGCUGCAGCAGGAGGCCAGCAGGCUGGACUUCAACCCAGAUGUCAGGAGCCACCUGGCUGAAGCCACUGCCCUCUAUAGCCUGGUGGACGAACAGCUGCAUGUCCUGGUCACCACGUCCAACCACCUCCUGGGGAGGCUGGAGCUCCGCGUCCGCAUGGGCCGCCUGGAAGCUGCCAUCCACCAGGUCAGCAACUGGAUGGAGCAGGAAGGAAGCCGGUGUCUGCAAGCGCUGGCCCCCAAGGAUGGAAGCCUGGAGACCGUGCAGAAAGCCCACCUCGAAUUUGAGGACUUCUUCCUUCAGGCCGCAGCCCAGUACCGGCAAGGCCUGGAGCUGUCCAAGCAGGCGGCCCAGCUGGGAGCCUCUGCGGGAGGGGCCGGCGGGGCGGGCGGGGCGGAGCUCCCGGAGCUGGCCGCCUUUGCCUCCACGCAGCGGGCCUUCCAGGCCAGGCUGACCCACUUCUACAUGGCUGCUGAGCGGCAGCGCACCGACCUGGAGACGCUGCUCCAGCUCUACCACUUCUGCAAGAAGAUGGCCUGGUUCCACAUGGACUGUCAGGACCUGAUGACCCAGCUCCAGCUGGGCAAGGACCCGAAGGCCAGCCCCGGGGGCCAGCGCCGCCUCCACCGCUACCUGCAGCGCCUGUCGUCCGAGUUCCCUGCCGAGAAGCUCACGGCCAUGGGGCUGCAGGCGGCCUCGCUGAGCCGGGAGGACCUGGGCCGGGACCUGUGGGAGGAGGCCCGGGCGAGGCACGCGGAGAUCCAGACCCUCCUGAAGAAGGCACUGGCCCACUGUCCAUGCCCACUGGGCCCCGGUGCCCACCCGGCACACUGGGAACUGCAGCGGCCCGCCUCCAAGGGCCACGGUGUGAAUGGGGAAGGCACUCCCACGGGAAGGCGGGAGCCGCCCCUCCAGGACUGCCUGGGCCUGGCCCCGUCACCAAAGCCGCCCCGCUGGCCUCCGCGGGCCCAGAGAGGCGGGCAGAACAGACAUCUCCGGGCAGGCCCGCUGCCCCCGGACGCUGGCCAGGCCACAGAGGCUGGUGAAGGCAAGGGCCCUCGCGAGCCCCUUGAUCCUGCUGCCCCUGAGCGGUUCCUCACCUCCCUCUUCUCCUGGCAGCGGCUCCCCAGGCAGAGGCAGAUCCCCCACCCCACCGGGGGCAGCUCCUCCUCAGAGGGGACAGACUCACGGACGUCUCUGGAGGACUCGCCCCAGACGAGCCCCCCUGCCUCCCUCUAGCUGGGAGCAGAGCCCCCCUCCCACCCCUCGCACUGUACCAGACUCCAGGGGUGCGGGCUGGGCCUGUUGCGGAGGGACCCAGCCCAUCGGGCCUGGGCUCCUGAGCACUCACAGUGUGCAUGGCCCGAACGGAGGGGCCGAGAAUCAGCAAGCAGCAGGAAGCUCUGAGAAGUCGGGACCCUGGGAGGGCAGGGCAGGGCAGGGCACUGCAGAGCUGGGGGUGGCUCCCUCGCCCCAGUCCAGACCCCUCCAGAGGGCUCAGCCAUAGGCAGGCCACCCAGGGGCACCCAGCUUCCCCUUGGGGGACAAGGGGCAUCGCUGCCCUCACACAGAACCGUGAGAGAGAGAUUCGGGAGUGGCUUCUGGUCUCAGGAACCCACUGAACAGACCCCGCAGCAAGGAUCCAGGUGCAUGUGUGUUUGACAGUCACCCCAGGAGCCACCGGCGGAGGUGAGCCCGGGAAAGGAAUAAAGGGGGUGUUGUUGAGCAAAUCACUGCACGCAGCUCAUUGUGCCAUUGGCCUCAUCACCUGCUGGGGAGAGUUAGGGUCCCAGGGAGGGGGAGGAGGAGGGGGAGAGGGAGGGGGAAAGCCUGCUGCCUUUCCGCUCUCCAUCUUACUCAGCAGCUCCAACUGCUGCAGACCUCACGUCUCAGGAUCCCACAGCCUGGUCCUUGCCCUCCAGCGAGAGCCCUCAACUCCCUGAUGUUCUGGCUUCUCUUCUCCCCUCCCCACCACGUCUCCCCAGACACUGUCUCUCCCCCCACUCCCCCAGGCUUCACCUGUCUUCAGACUCAGUCUCUGGUGCCCAGAGUCCCAGCUUCUGCUGGUGGUAGGGACCGGACAAAGGCAGGAGCCACGUCCCCGCGCCAGCAGAUGGUGCCGAGGGAUGGGGGACAAUGGCAGAGGCCUUCACACCUGGGAUCCGAGCGGAGAAGACAGUAAGCCUUCCACCGCCCGGAGUAAGCCAGCCAGCGCCUUCCCUGAACGUCACUGCCCUGCGAGCCAGGGCCGGCCUCUGCCCCGGGACGCUUUCCCAGCACGGCCCUGCCAGCCUCGCCUGGACCUUUCCUGGCUGUGGGGAGAGGGUGCGGCACAUGUUCUCCCACAGAUGAGCCUGUGGAAGGAGAGGGAGGCAGCCCUGGAGCGGGCCCAGGAAGACGAACAGGGUUUCUCAGGAGUUGUCACAGCAGAGAGAGCCACACAAACCUCAAUGCCCAGAGUGACUGCAGGACCUUCCGAGAUUCAGGUGUGGCUUGGGGCCUGCCUGCCUCCGAGCCAGUAGCCGGGCUGAUUUAAGGCUGCUUCCACAGGAGCCCCCCUGAUCAUUGAAAUCGGACCCUCGGGGCCAUCGGUGGCUGGAAUCCGCAUUCGUACCCAUCAGCUCAGGGGUUUGCGAUGCACACAGAGCAGGGGGGCUGCUGUCUGCACACCCGGGAGGGGGGGGAAGGGAGUGGAGGGCUGAGGGCUGAGGGAGCCCCCCACCCCAAGCCAGCUCUCAUUCUUACAUUCGUCUCUCCUGCCUUCCAUCCAGACAGGCCUGAGACUGCAGGAGACAUUUGAUCAGCCAAUCUCCAUCUAGGCCCGACACCUCAGAGGGGGGCCGAAGGCUCUUAAAAUGCUGUUGCCAUAGCAACAGCAUCCAGCAAGUAGGGACCACAGGCAGGGAGCCAGGGUACCUGGGGUGCAAGGAUCGAAACUGACUUCAGAGGAGAGACUAUAGCUACUGUGAGGGAAAGGGGGGGGGGGGGCCUGAGGGAAUGAGUGAUCUGAGAAUCCUUGGGAGGGAGGGGACCCCAAAGCCAUCUUGUGCAUCCCGCUGUCUCCAAAGAGAACAGCCUGUUUACUCACAUCAGCUCCUGGGGAAAAGGGGGUCCAGAAAGGAAAUGUAAUAAUCAUAACAAAAAAGAAUGAAUCAUAAUCACAUGAAUAGCUAACCUUUAUCUGCAUUUUCCCUGUGCCCAGCAUGCUACUAAGCCCUUUAUUUUAUUUUAUUUUUUAAAUAGUUCUUUAUUGUUGAAAG